AUGCAAGCUGCUUCAUUCACCCAGGAUGAGAUUGACUUGGUGAUGCACCUACACUCGCAAGCUGAUAUGCAAUUCGGGCUGUCCCCGCACAUUGCACAUGCGUUCCUCUCCUCUGGAAUCCGACAAGGAUGCAGUCUUUCUCCACUCCUGUGGUCGCUGUCGACUGGACACAUAUAUCACAAAUAUAUGCAGCUCCUGCAGGCUGACAGGCUCACCGCGCAAACAGCCUCGCUUUACGCAGACGACGCGUUCUCCUCUUGGAUUUUUUGUCCCCCAGAAGACUUUCGUAAAGCUGUAAGGGCCACUGGUCUUCUGAUCCAGGCCCUGCAAGAAGCGGGACUACAGCUGAGCGUUGAUAAGACGGUUAUCUUGCUGUCUGCUACUGGCACGAGUCUGCAGUCUGUUCUCUCGGGAUAUAGGCAUGAAAUUGAAGGCGUCCCUCACUUCAGGGUGAGGGUGGGAAAACGGACUUACAGCUUUCGACUUGUCAGUGAACACACGAAGAUGGAUCUGGAGCAGAUCUCCCAGGAGGAGUUGCAGGAGGCGGCCGCGGACUUGCAGGCGCUCCAGACGGCAGCGCUCAUGGGCCAAAGCUUCAGCACAGACCGUGCCUACUCCAGUCAGCACCAGACCUGGGCCUCCCAGGAGCCCAAGCGAGGGAAGGGGAGGAACCAGGCGCAGCAAGGCCACCAGGCCAGAGACAACAGGAGGAGGGCCCACCCCAGCACCCAGGGACCUCACCAGGGGAACAGUCUCCCAAACAGCGCCCCCUUCGGUUCUUCUGGCCUCAGCAACAAGUCGACAACGAACGACCGCGAGCUGCUGUACAACAUGGCCACAGUGCUACUCCGGCACGAGGAUCAACUGAAUAUCCUCAAACAGUCCACUGCCAUGGUGGCCUUCCUGGGAACGGCACCCCUCCUCACCAUUGUCCCGACGCUCCACAAAGUGGGAGAGCAGUGGAGGGCCACCAAGGAAGCAGAUCCAACGGCCCUCAAACAUCCGAUCAGGCUGGUGCUUUUCCAGGCGUUGAUCAUGGAACUCAAACAACGAGUCUUGAAGCUAGAAUCCUGCCAGACCUCGUUUCAGGAUGCGCAGAGACUCUCGAUUGUCACGGAGCAAGGAGCGUUUCCGUACCAGGUGUGGAACAAAACCACCAAAGCUCCGGAGAUCGUCCCAAGCCUUCAGCCCCUGGAACAGCGAGACGUGAUUCAGAUGUUGGACGAGCUGAUGAUCCUUUCGGUGCAGGAUGGAGUGCUUCCCAGGUUUCAUCCAACGAGGGACCUGGCGCCUGCCAUGGAGGGACCCACCGUGACUUGGAUGAUCGAGCUGGGUCUUCGCAGUCCCAAAUCGUAUCGCACCUGGGAGCUACUACAGAGACUCUCGGGGUGUUCAGUGCUGCGCCUCAUUGCGGCGUCUCUCCGGCGCGAAAGAAUGGCGCGCUCCACAGCUGCUCAGAAAGUGGCUCAACUGCGGAGGACCGACAGUUUCGCACCACCUUUGGAGCACAGGCAACAGGAUGCAGCAGACUUCCUCACUUUCUUGCGCCAGCAAUCCCUGCUUUCCAGCUUUGGGGGACAAUGGCUCGUUAUGCAUGAGAGCCAACUCACAGAUGCCGGUAGCUCUCCAGCGCUCUACUCUGAGGCCAGGUGCGUGGCAUUGCAACUGAACA